AUGGAUCUACGCUCUCUCCUCCGGCCAGCGUCCCAGCUGGUCGCCCCCCUCCGCCACCUCGCCGCCGCCGCCAUCUCCUCCUCUCCCUCACCAUCCUCCGCUCUCCUCGUCGUCCCGCUCAUCUCGACCCGCGGCCACAAGACGACGGCCCGCACCAAGCGAAGCCUCAAGAUGGCCCCCCACGACUCCUUCUUGCCCUCCCGCUCCGCCGCUUUCCCCGCCGCCGACCAAAUCAUCUACAACCCGCCCGCGUCCGAGGCCUCGCCCGAGCACACGCCUUUCAUCUUUCUCCCGCGCAACGACCCCCGCCGCCUAGCAAUCUUGCGUCUACGCAACAACAACACUUUCAGCGAUCCCUCCUCACAGCCCUCCUCCUCGUCAUCAUCGUCGCCUUCAAGCACAGAGGCAGCAGCAGCAGCAGCAGGAGACGGAGAGCUGCCCCCGGAAAUGCGCUACAAGCGCCGCCAGCCGAAAUACAACCUCACAAAGGAGCACAUUGACGAGAUGCGCCGCCUGCGCGCCGAGGACCCGCUCACCUGGAGCGUGCAGCGGCUGGCGCGCAAGUUUGAGUGCUCGACCGUCUUCGUGCAGAUGGCGGCGCCCGCGCCCGAGGAGCACCUCAGGUGGCUGAGGGCCAAGAUGGAGCGCAAGAAGGAGAGGUGGGGGCCCAUUCGGACGGCGGCGAGGGAGGACCGGAAGAGGAGGGCUGAGAUGCUGUAUCGGGGGGAGCUGUGA